AAAAACUCGCUCACUCACACAGUCGGCACUUCUCUCUUCACUCCACUCCAUCCAAUUUUCACCACUGUUUAUUACUCUUUUUCCAUUUUAAAACUAAUUAGAACCCACUUUUAAAACUUCAAAAAAUGUCCUCUCUCACCGGAAGUGGUGGUUCGACCGACAACUUCCUCACCGACAUGGAAUCUCGCCUGAGUUUCCUUCGUGUAUCCGACGAGAAAUCAUCCCCAUCCCAAUCGAAAUCCACCGCACUGGUCACGACGGACCAACCACUAGUUCGAAAACCCAACCUCCCAGUGGAACCAUUCUAUGUUCAGUUGAGGGCCUUCUCUGGCAAUGGCCACUUGGCACAGGUCGUCCUCAUCGAGGAGACCACUUGGGCGCUGUUCGGCUUCGUCAUGCGCUACCUCCGGAACGAGUACAAGGAGGGGAAGCUCUCCCCGAUCGAAGUGAUCGAAGACUUGCCAGUGGGCUUCAUCGUUCUUGGAAUUAAAGGAGAUAAAAUCAUCCGUGGGAUCGUGUUGAAAGUCGGUUACGAUGACGUCAAAGGGGCCGUGGUGGACUUGAGGGAUCUGGAUGAAAUCCGCGACUACACUCUGGAGGCUAAACACAUUUACAAGAUGCCCACGGCCGGGUUGGAUGUGCCGUUCAAGGCCCUCGAAGUGGAAAUCGACAAGCUCCAGCUCUUCACGGGGACGGACAUUGCCGCGCGGGCCUUUGACGCAGCGGACUUCCCGGAAUUUGCCAUUUUCAAGGCCCGAGUGAUGAGGAGUUUCAAGACUGAAGGAAGUUUCACCUUGGAAUUGACGACCUCCGCUCGUGAAGACGUUGGAUUAAUCAUGUUGAAGCAAUUGGAGUUUGUCUGUGGAGUUCCGGUCCCGGAGCCCGGGAAAUCGAUCCCCAUCACGGUCUCGCACUACACCCCCGAAGGGGAAAUAUACUACCAAUGUCCCUCCCGAAAGAACAAGCUGAUGCGGAUUAUUAAUGAUUUCGAUGCAAUCAUCCGACGUGAACUGAGCGGGGUUCGCGUCGUGGAUCCGAAUUAUUCCAGCCCGGAAUUGAUUAAAGAACGGCUUCGGGUGGAGGAUCAGGUUUUCGCUGUGAAGUUCUCCGAUGACGACAAGUUUUACAGGGCGAGGUUUUUGGAGUAUACGGAUGUUGGGAAGGUCCGAAUGCACUUUAUCGACUAUGGGAAUGACGACCAGGUCCCGCUCGGUGACAUUUUGCUGAUGGACGCCUUUGACGAGGGUUUGAAGUUCAUUCCUCCAAUGGCCCGCCGGGUGAAACUGAAUAAAAUCGAAAAAUUGGACGUGGAUCGGAUGGACCAGAUUUUGGAGAAAUAUCCAAAUCUUAAAAUUCAAAUUUUCGAAAAGGACCCGGUUUGGAUUGGAAAAAUCUUUGUCAACGUGGCUGGAGGAAAGGAACCGGAACAUUUGGUCCCGCUCAAGAAAUUACUCGUUGGUUAAUUUUGUUUUUUGGAAUUUUAUAUGAGGAUUUUGGUUAAUAAAAGUUGUUAGAAAAUGCCCAUUUUUAAGUAGAUUUUGUGGUGAAUAAAGACUUGAUUUUCUGACUAGUAAA